CAGCCAAGAUAUUUGGAACUCACACGCUUCCUUUUAACCCUCCAACUGACAAGCCGACCAAUCGUGAACUGAUCUUGGCAAGCGCAUUGACCGUGCUGCGAAUCUACAUGAUAUACGUCAUUUUUACUACUGAUUCCUGGAAUUUACUGUUCACUUCGAGCUCACAGUACGUCGAGAAUGGGUUGGAUAUUCUGCUCAAAAUUCCCAUAGCCAUGGUGGUGUGUAUUCCUUGGAUAAUGUUAGUGCGCAAACCUCAAAUCGCUCGUCUGUCGCACGACUUCAUAAUUUUUGAUAAGCUGAUGACGAAGUUCAAAUACCAAAAUAACUAUCAGUUUUUCCACAUAAUUGCUACAAUAUUUGCUGUGAUCGACAUCCUCAUACCGUUAGCUAUCUUGGCGGCAAUACGAGGCUUUAACUUCUGGUUCGUCCACUUCUUAGUGCUCGGAUUCGUUGGAUUCUCCUGGUCGGGUGGUUUGCUGUUCAACACUACGUUCAAUAUACUGCUGUUUCACAUUCUGUACCGAAUGGAGGUUGUUAAUGAUUUGCUGAGAGAUAUUUUGCACAGCGAUCGGUCUCAAAGCAGUAAGGAGGCAACAUUAGAGCAGAUCAAGACGAUCAUGCGUAUGCACGAUAAGCUCGGUGACAUUGCAAACAAUUGCUCAAGAUGUUUCGCCAUCUCGAUUGUCCUAACGAUGUUGCACGUGCUGGUCUCGCAGCUUUUCACCGUAUUUGCCUUUGUUCGCGUCUUGUUCUAUCAUUACGAUGCGAACGAAUUGAAGGAUUGCAUAUUCUACAUCAUUGGCACCACGAGCUACUGCAUGAUGCCGAUAUCGACCAUUUGGAUGGCAGGCGACAUAAAGAAACGAACCGUCGUCACCUGGAAGCUGAUACAUCGCAUCAUCAACACAACGGAAGCGAUGGAAGUUGAAGAUCUUCUGCAGCAAUUUUCAGAACAAAUGAACCAUCGUUCGCCCAGUAUUGACUUUCGCUUGUUUGACGUUGAUUGGCCAUUGCUGGUGCAGGCCUGCAGUGAAGCGGCUACAUAUUUGAUUAUUAUGAUACAAUUCGGUACGAAACAGUGAAACUCGCGAAAACCCCUAGUACACCCGCUACAAAUCCAUCGAACGCAAAGUCGUAUGAGGUUCCCUUAUUUUAGUAAACUUCACACAACUGCCAACGAUUGUAUCGGCCUCAAUGGCAGUCAUGAACUUUUAUUAGCAGAGCAAUAAAUGGAAAAUGGUGUGCAACGCACAACAACAUCGUAAUGUAGGGUAUCAUAAAAAUUGUUCAACCAUUGCGCAACACUCUGGCAAGCUCCAAACACCAUCAUAAAUUCUACGCCCCAUCAUUUGCGAAAGGUACCAGCUACAAUCCUGUUCAA